AUGAAACAGAAUAUUUUCAAGGGACAAUGCAUUCGUGCUGCUCGUAUGACCUCUAAUGCACAGGACAUGCAAGAUGAAAUUAAAUAUAUUACUAAUUUGUUCAAAGAAAGGAACUAUCCAUCAACUAUUUUGGAUAAUAUAGGGAAACAUGUGUCAAGUGAAUGGGGUUUGAAAUAUAAACCCCUGUUAGGCUCAGAUUUUCUUUUUUAUCUUAGUUUCAACUUAAGGUCAUACCGUUGGGUUCAAGGCAUGAGGUUUGCUAUCAAUGAGAUUAACCGGAGCCUAACUUUACUACCAAAUGUCACACUAGGAUUCAUGAUUUAUGAUACCUGCCUUGACAUCGCCAGGACACUUCAUGGUACCCUGUGGAUGAUAAGUGGUCAACAUAUACCCAUUCCAAACUACCGAUGUCAGCAUCAUUCCUCGCUGGCUGCAAUUAUUGGAGAUUCACAAUCUUCCUGCUCUAUUCCAAUGGCACAUCUCCUGGGGUUGUACUUCCAGCCACAGAUCAGCUAUUUUGCAUCCAGCCCUGUCCUAAAUGACAGAAAACAAUAUCCAUCAUUUUUCAGAACCAUUCCAAGUGAUGAGUUUCAGGCUCAAGGUCUUGCAGAACUGCUGUCCUACUUUUCCUGGACUUGGGUUGGAAUUCUAGCUGAAGACACUAAUUAUGGUCAAGUAGGGGCUCAGAUUCUUAAGGAAGCAAUAGUGAAGGAUGGAGGCUGUGUUGCUUUCCAUGAAAUGGUCCCUAUUUUCUUUUCUCAACAAAAAAUUAGCAACAUAGUGAAUGUGAUCAAGAGUUCAUCUGCAGUGGCCAUUGUUGUAUUUUCUGGGGAUCCAUUCCUGAUUCAACUUAUGAAAGAACUUUUUAGACAGUCCAUUACAGGAAGGGUUUGGAUUGCCAGUGAGGCUUGGUCUAGUUCUCCUAACCUUUCCAAACUAAACUUGGUAGAGGUGUUACAUGGAACUCUUGGAUUUGCUGUCCAAAGAGGAAAUAUUCGUGGCUUUAGAGAUGCAAUACUAAUGACUGAUCCAUCGAUGUAUUCAGAUGAUAUUUUUAUAAAAGCUUUCUGGGAAGAAUCUUUUGGCUGUAGGUGGCCUGACCCUGUGUCUGAGUUAGUGGACAAUACAACUAAGCCCUGCACUGGGACAGAGAGGCUGGAAACACUCAGAAAUGCCUACACAGAUGUAUCUAAUUUACGAAUCACAUACAACAUCUACAAUGCAGUUUAUGCUGUGGCACAUAUGCUGCAUGAUCUGAGCAAGUGCAAUCCUGAAGAAGGUCCAUUUUAUAAUAGGACAUGUGUGAACAUUCAUGGUUAUCACCCAUGGCAACUCCUACACUAUAUGAAGAAUGUGCACUUUGUAAAUAAUGCAAACAUCGAGAUUUAUUUUGAUGAGCAUGGCAACAUACCUGCUCAGUAUGACAUCCUUAACUGGCAUAUGAUACCUAAUGGCACCACCAUAUUUGUAGAGCUGGGCAAGUUUAGCAUUACAGCAGCUCAAGAACAUAAACUGAUCAUUAACUCUAGUGCCAUCCAGUGGACUAGAGGACAUACUCAGGUUCCACGCUCUGUCUGCAGUGAGAACUGUCCUCUAGGACACAGAAAAGCAACUAAGCAGGGUCAACCAGAAUGUUGCUUCGAUUGUGUUCCCUGUUCACAAGGAGAGUUCACAAAUCAAACAGAGUCUGCUGAGUGCAAGAAGUGCCCUGAUGAUCACUGGACAAAUGCCAAACGUGAUCGAUGCCUCCCCAAAACUACAGACUUCCUCUCCUAUCAUGAUCCUCUGGGUGGAACGAUAGCUUUUGUCUCCAUUUUCUUCUCACUGCUACCAGCUGCAGUCCUUAUUAUAUUUAUCAAGUACAGGGAUACACCAAUCAUCAAAGCCAAUAACCAGGAACUCAGUUGUGUGCUCCUAACGGGCCUUGUACUUUGCUUUCUUUGUUCCUUAAUUUUCAUUGGUCAGCCUGUGUCUAUAACAUGUGUGCUUCGACAGACCACUUUUGGUGUGAUUUUUACACUUUGUGUUUCUUGUGUCUUAGCCAAAACUGUAAUGGUGGUCAUUGCCUUUAGAGCAACAAAUCCAAACCAUAAUCUAAAAAAGUACAUGGGACCAAAUUUACCCAAAGUAAUUGUCAUUUUAUUUACUUUUCUGCAAGUUAUUAUAUGUGUCACAUGGGUGACUAGUACCCCACCCACUGUAGAGUAUGACAUGAAGUCCCAUGAUAGGAAGGUUAUAAUUCAGUGUAAUGAGGGUUCAUCCACUGCAUUUUGGUGCAUGCUGGGAUACAUGGGUCUUCUCGCUACUGUAAGUUUGUUUGUAGCAUUCUUGGCCAGAAAAUUACCUGACAGCUUUAAUGAAGCUAAAUAUAUAACCUUUAGCAUGGUGGUCUUUAUUAGUGUCUGGCUUUCCUUCACUCCAGCAUAUUUAAGUACCAAAGGGAAGUACAUGGUUGCUGUGGAAAUAUUUGCUAUCUUGUCUUCCAGCGCUGGUUUACUAGCUUGCAUAUUUUUCCCCAAAUGUUACAUCAUACUUCUCAGACCGCAAAGAAACAUCAGAAGGGAAUUAAAAGGAAAGAAAUAA